AUGUGCCUUAUCAAAUCCGUGAAUGUCCAACAGGUGAAAGCAGAUACUUUGAUUGUUUCCAACCUUGAUGUUUCCAAAGGAAUUGUUGAAGAAGUUUGGAAGAGGGGUAUCACGAAACUUGUCAUCGGCACAACGUCAACACGCGGUGGCCUGUCUAAAAGGCUGAAGAUUCAAGGGCCAGGAAAAGCAGAUUACGUCCGAAAGCACGCGAUCAACACUUGUGACAUCUUUAUCGUAUGUAAGGAAAAUCUUGUGUCAGAGGGAAAAGGUUGUUCUGUUGAAAAUGAUGAUUUUAGCCGAUCUUUCUCUUUGGAUCCAAACCCCGAACAAUGCUUGAGAAUCUCCAGUGAAGCUUCCCCUGAUUUUCCAGUGGACGGAGAUUCUACGGCAGCUUCGUCAGAAGAUGCGAAUGAUGUCCUAUCUGAGCCUCAAUUAUCUCCAGCAAAAAGAGAAUUGGAAAGGGAAACCAUAAGACGUAUGGAAGCAGAGGCGGCUGCACUGAAAUCUCAUUGCAAGCUUAAAGAAUACGAAGCCGCCUUAGAAGAAGCAGUGAAAGAGAAAGAAACCGCGAUCUUAGAAUCAAAACUUAAAGAAGACGAGUGGAUAUCUCUGCUCAACCGAUUUUCAAUUGAACGAGACGAUGCUUUCCAGCAACUCGAAGCGACACAGAAGAAGCUCGCAGCGGUGGAGAAACAAAACUACCGCAUUUUGCAAGAAAAGGAGGCUGAAAUUAAGAAGCUUCAAGACUGUUUGCGUUCUGGGCCUCGAAUCGAAACGUCAUCCACUUCUUAUGCCCUUCAAAUCAAGGAAUAUUCCUUCGACGAAAUUAAAGCGGCAACCUGCAAUUUAUCUGAAAGUUUAAGACUCAAAGUCGGUGGCUAUGGCAACAUUUACAGAGGCGCAAUAGGACAAACAACGGUUACAGUUAAAACCCUCAGGGAGGACAGUUUACAGGGCUGGCAGGAGAUCCGACGCGAGGUCAAUAUUUUAAAAGGUAUCCAGUAUCCGAAUUUGGUGACGAUCUUAGGAACCUGUUUCGAGCGAGGUUGUAUAAUGUAUGAGUAUAUGCCCCACGGAUGCCUGACAGAUCGUCUGAGCGGCAAAACCGGCACUUCACCGCUCUCUUGGCAGGAAAGAACGCGAAUUACCAUGGAAAUUUGCUCUGCUUUACACUUCUUACACGGUUUAAAGCCGGAUCCAAUCGUCCACCGCGACCUUAAGCCCGAAAAUAUACUCCUCGACGAGAAUGAUGUAAGUAAAAUCACUAACUUUGGUCUCGCUCGUCGUCUACCAGAAGUUGUACAGGGAGAACCAGAGCCAAGACGUACAUAUUUGUAUAUGGAUCCAGAGUACAUGGGCAGCGGCAAAUACACAACCAAAUCCGAUGUAUACAGCCUAGGAAUGAUCAUCCUUCAGCUUCUUACAGGGAAAUCAGCGCUGGGACUGGUAAAUGAGGUAAAAAGUGCGCUUGGUAGUGGAGAAUUGAAACAGAUUUUGGACCCUUCAGCAGGUGAAUGGCCUUUUGCGCACGCUACUCAAGUGGCUGAACUUGGAUUACUUUGCACGGAACAAGUAAGCGAGAAGAGGCCGGACCUUGAGCCAGCUGUGAUGAAAAUGAUGGAUAAGCUUCGAAGCUUUAAAAUCGCUGAAACUGACGCCGCCAGGCCUCGCACAGUUCAGGUUACAGAUGUUCCGAGUUGCUUCUUCUGUCCAAUAACUAAGGAUAUUAUGCAGUAUCCUUGUGUUGCGGCAGACGGGUUUACAUAUGAAAAGGAGACCAUCAAAGAAUGGUUUUGUCGAGGACACGACACAUCGCCCAUGACAAAUGUAAAGCUUGAGCAUACGAGUCUGAUAUCUAACCAUUCGUUGAGAUCAGCCAUUCUACAGUGGCAAGAAAGACACAUUUAACUUUAAAAUCUGAUGAAAUUUCUUUCAAUUUAGGGUUAUUACUGUUGAUAUACAUUCAGUUUAACUGUAAAUUUUGGUGGGAGAAAUAUCUGUUGUAUAGACGAAAUGUAAAAUUAUUGACACUCCUUCGGAUUUUGUUCCUGACUACGUCUCUUGGCGUCUGUCCUACAUAAUUCUGCAAGGAAAGUUAUUACAGUUUUAGGGCUAAAUAUGUCUAGUAAUGUCCUUUUGAUCUCUUCUGCUGUAUGUAUGCUGGAGUUUGUCCCUUGUUGCUAAGAGGUCGACUG